CCUACAAACAUCGGCAACAUUAUUAUUGAACACGGCCCGGUUCUACACUACAGUGUGCGCGUUCGUCGCACGCCACAAUGCUCUGAAUGGCACCACCAUCUCUGAGAUCCUGGCUUAGAACAUUUCUCCGCCACGAGAUCGACAAGACUUUGGAUUGGAAGCGGAACGGCGAUGGUAAUGCGACUACACAGCAAAACCAAGCAGAAAAUGGAGGACAGGUUUUCAGCGACGACGGGAGUAACUUUAGAAGUUAUGUCUCUGGGCUAGAGGAUGGCAAAGACCUUGUUCAAAUUGUUGAGGUUCUGUCGAUACAACCAGACUUCGCCGAGGUGCGGAUAUCUGACGGCCAGACCAAGGUCAGAGCGCGCCUUGCCAAAGAUAUCGUCUCUCAGUGGGAGCACGAUGCCGGCGAAGACUUCAGUCAGGAGACUAAAGGAGAUGUCGUCCAACUAAAAGAGCUCAUUGUGGUCAGCACAUCUUUCGGUCCAUCCGAAGGAUUCGUAUGGCUUGAUGUUCUCGCUAUUGAAUACUGCUACCACCUUCGCAAAUUGUGCGGUCAACCGGUGGCUGUGGAUCAAGACAGACAUUUAAAAUUGCUGAUUGACGAUAUUGCUGACCUCCGAAAGGAGGAGCUUGCGAUCGGCGAGGUGUCGGGUCAUGAUGAAUCAUCUCAAGCUUCAUCCUCAAUCUCACAAGGGCUUCUAUCUAAUAAUCUGCACCAUGAGAGUCCUACCGUGAAACUUGAAGCUCCAGACCCACCAGUCACACCCAGGUCCUUGCAGACUGAGUUGGCAAAGUCCCCGAUGGCCGCUACACAAAAUCAGGUGGAUAUCCUCUCGACUGAAAGGCCAUCUUCUGAGAGGCGAAAGUUGACUCCCAAGCAACGGCAUCCCAGACUUGAACGCGAUGGCUUCGAGGUACAGGAGGGUGUAAAUUUGGCCGUACCCGUCGCGCCAAGGAUAGAAUUUGACACACCUCAAAGCCUUACAGUGAAGCCAUCAAUUAUUAGGAUGACAAGACCGGAAGCAUUGCUUGGAUUGAUGAACAAAAAGCGAAGCCAUGAUGGCGUGACCAAGGACCCUGAACAACAAAUUACAAACACGGAUCGGAUAUCUGAGUCUCCUCUCCGACCGAACAAAGUCCGACUAGAUCGCGACUUAUUGCACAGCACGAGCCCAAGAACUACUUCACGAUCUUCAAGUAACUCCGUAUCGGGAGGUAGGAAUGUGCCAAACCCUUCGGAAAACUUGGUCACAGUGACUCGGACAGCCACAUCGAGCUAUGAUUCUGCGUCCAAUAUCAUCGAAACUCAGCAGCAACAUGUCAUCAUAUCGAGCGCUAGCUCCCCUUCGUUCGAUGAUACUAGCAAGGCGCCGAACGCACUUCCAACACAUGCUGAGGUUCCAAUGUCUCAGUCAACACAUCCAAGGUAUCAGUCGCCAGAUCCUCCUGUUCCAAACCAAGUUCAAUCUGAGCAGAUAGUCGAAGAGCGGAAGGAGCAGACUCCGAUACCUUCGCCAUCCUCCCGCAAACGAGCAACAUGUUCUUUCGAGAACGGACUUGCCUACAGUCGUCGAGGCAUUGCACCAAACCAAAGGAAGUUGCUGGACAACCCCUCCUCCUGGUUUCCUUCCCUCCCGGGCCAAAGAUUUCCAAUACCGAACGUGCCUAUUGAGCUGCUAUCGAAGUGGGGCGAAAUGCGAAGAUCUGCUGCAGACCCGCAGCCAGCGCGGUCGAGAUCUCAUGUGUCCGGAUCUCCACCAAGAAGGCAACCGAUCGUCAGCAAGGAACCCACUCCGCUGGCCGCAGAAGCUGAAGAUAAAGUAUUGCCCAAGACCUCGGACGAAAUGAGCGACAAUGCGUCUGAAUCGGAUGAAGAAGUCCCCUUCUCAGAUUGGUCAUAUUCGUCGCCACCACAGGCUCAACAGCAGGUGCCGCCGCCCUUCAGUAGUCCUCCAAAAGGCAUCGAACGUAGUACGCAGGGCAGCGAUAUUGAGAUAUCUGCUCCUCGACCGCUACCAGUCCGCAUGUCCCCCAAGAAGCCUGUCCCCCAGGACAAUAUACCAGCGCCGAACCCCAAGGGACUUGUUCCCCAAAGCAGUGCACCGACGUCGAGCCCCAAGAGACCUGUUCCUCAGAGCAAUGUACCGACUCCGAGUCCGAACAGGCCUAUCCCCCAGACCAAUGUACCAACUCCAGGUCCGAGGAGACCUAUAUCUCAGAGCAAUCUACCGACGCCGAGUUCCAAGAGGCCUGUUUACCAGGGCAAUGCACUGACCCCAAGUCCGAAAACGCCCGUUCCCCAGAGCGAUGUACCAAGUUCGAGUCCCAAGAGGCCUGUCCCUCGGAGUGACGUGCCAACGCCGAGUCCAAGGCUGCAGGGCGCGCCGGUCGAAAGUUCAAAGCUGUCAGAGGAACCAACGUCAAGUCACAAACCACGAACUGGACCAUCGCCGAGCGCCAAGUCACAGAGAGAGCUAGGAUCAAGUCCCAAGCCGCAAACCGUACCCUCGAAAAUCUCGAAUGUGCAGCAAGAGCCCGCAUCGAGUCCAGGACUGCGGAGAGAGCCAUCAACGACCGCUCGCAAGAUCUCCCCUCCACGACACCCUUCAGACAUGAACAUGGAGCGCCGUCGAAAACACUUCAAGAAAGAACGAGAAGAGUCGAGAGAAAUGCUGGGCCGCCCCGUAAUGGCUCCUCGAGAGACGAUACGGAGGACUGGACCUCCGACACCUUUUGAGGAAUUCUAUGAUAAUUUCACGACGUUGAGACCGGGUGGUGUUUGGGCUCGGCCACGCCCGACGGUGGAGAGAGACGCGGUCGACGUCCUCGCGUGGGAGUUCUGAUUACGCCAACCUUUCUGGUCAUGAAAUGGAUGUGGUCGUCUCCAGAAUAUAAUGGCGCAACACAAGAUUCGCGAGCAGAUUUUGGAGUCACUGAUCUUUUCCAUCUUCCAUGUAUCUGCAUCUUUAUAUUUACGUGCACAGGAUGGGGGCAUCCGGCGCCACCUUAGCGCACAUAGUCGAGCCAAGGCAGGUUCAAGCAGAGAUGUAUGUCCACGGCCCCGAUGCCGCCAUCGCAGCUCCUCACGACAGCGCAGUGAGUCCAUGUUGCUGUCGACU